CUCUCUAUCAGUUGAAAAAUAAUAAAUAAAAAAUGUUUCAAGUGUUUGCGAUUUUGGAUAAAAAUACUCAAAUGGGAGCUAUAAUGAACAAAGUGUAAAUCUGAAGAAUUACAAGUGAUAGAGUGGAUCCCUUUGAUUGUGAAAGCCACAAAGUGUAAAAUUUCCAUCGAACUAAUUCAAUAAUCAUUUUUUUCUGGAAGUAAAUGGUUAAAUUAUUUAUCGAGACUUUUAUCAGCUUUCAAAAAGAUGUAACAUUUUUUUUCUAAAAUUCCCUGUUUGCGAGGUGAAAGCUCAAUUGACAAAAAUAUCACGAUCAUGAAUAAUGCCGACAGAAAAUAAUAAACCACGUCGUUCCUCAAAAAUUAAUUUUUCAGAUAAAUCUACAAUUAUAGGAUAUAUGACCCGCAGAUAUCGGAGUCGCCGAAAAGACGAGGCUGCAUUAAAAAUGGGUAUUCAUCGAACUAUUAAACAAAUUUCAUUAAAAUUUCAUGCAGCCUUUGCAACAAUACCCUUGACGUCAUAUUGUUCUUUUAUUCGGAUUGGAAUUGCCUACGUUACGACGACAUUCAUAAUUGUUUCUCAAAAAUCUAACAACAAAUUGAUCUUUUUCAAUGAAAAAAUUUUCCUCCACAAUUCGUCAUGUGCUGUCAAUAAAAAAAAAUUGCACUUUUUGCAUAAGAUGCAAUAAUUUAGAUAUCAUGGAGACAUAAAUUGUCGAAGUCAAGCUUGCUUAUUGCACCGUCCACUUUUACAAAUGCUACAAAUUAGUUUUAUUGCGUUAAAAUAUAAUAACAAAAAUGCAAUUUUCACCCGUUGAAAUGGCGUGGAAUGUCCCAUUUCCAUCAUGAGUUUUCAUAAAAUCAAUGAAGUUUAUUGUAAACCUCUCUUAAGAAUUUAACAUCCCUACGAAGUCCAUUUGGAUUGGUCGAGUCUCCCCCCAUUGUCCAUUGAAUUGGCCAAUCCGGUCAUAAUCAAGGGACAAAACUGAGGUUCACCAGCAAUAUGGCUGUCAGUAUAAAUUUGAUGCUUGUAACAUGCCUUUCUCUCCGAAAAAUUGCCAAUUACCUACAUACGAAUGUAUUAUCAAGUUAUUACAGUAUCGUGAUGUGACUAACAGUCGUCCAAUUGAGUGGGAAACAGCAAUGAGGGUCAGCUGAUCGAUAAAUAAUCGACAAUUCAUCGACAGCCACAGAUUAUAACACAGGAUUUCCCAACAUCGACACAACAUAGUCAAGAAUCAUGGCUUCAAGGCUCGACCGACUGUUUAUAUUAUUGGAAACUGGCACGAACCCGGUAACAAAACGAGCAGCUGCGCAGCAACUGGGAGAAGCCCAGCGUCUACACCCACACGAGCUCCACCACCUGCUCGGUAGAGUCUCAACACUUCUGAAGUCACCACAAUGGGACACACGAGUAUCAGCGGCGCAGGCCAUCCAGGCGAUUCUGGCCCAAGUUCCCGUUUGGGAGCCAGAGCCAAUUGAGAGGAAACCCCUGGACGAAACUACAAAUGGGAAACGACAGAAGGACCUCCAGAGGAGUCACCUGACCCUCCAGGGUUUCGACAUGGGUCAAGUCCUGGCAAAAAGCUCUCAUUUAACAGGUUCAGAGGGCAGUGAAUAUGACCUUGUGAUAGCUGAGGGUGAGCAGAAUCCUCUACAGGGCCAGGGCAGUCAGGUACUAGCUGCCAAGCUCGGUCUCCACCCAAGACUAAUGGGAGUAGAUCCCUCAGAGCUUUUCACCCCAGAGGACCUGACUAUUCCCCCUCCGCCCCCUCAGACUUCGAAAAUGUCCAUUGACGAGACCCUGAGCGAACCUGGAGGCCUUAGCAGACGCGAGAUGAAUAGAGCGAGACGCAAAGCUAGACAAUCGAUGUCCAAACAACGAUCAAGAGAGCCUGAUGAACAAGAGUCGAAUGAACAGAUGAGGAAGAAAAUUAAAUUAGAAGAUCCGGUGCCGAUUGAAUCCUCCACGAAUGAGGGGAAGGUGUGCGAGGCAGUAUCUGUUGGGGCUGUGCCGGAUGGCACUGGCUGCUGGCCCGAAACUGCCAUGGACUGGCCACUGGAGGUAUUCAGUGAGACCCUCUGCCAGGAUCUAUUCAGUCAAAAAUGGGAGAUUCGUCAUGGCGCAGCAACAGCCUUACGAGAGUUAAUUAGAAUUCACGGAAAGGGAGCGGGAAAAUCUCGAGAUCAAACUAAAGAAGAGAUGGAAGAGAGUCACCAAAGGUGGGUGGUAGACGCAGCCCUGAGGCUCCUCUGUGUUCUUGGUCUCGACAGAUUCGGUGAUUUCGUGUCCGAUCAAGUGGUAGCCCCCGUGAGAGAGACCUGUGCCCAGGCCCUGGGUUCCCUCGUUCGCCUGAUGCCGCCCACCGAGGACACAGGGGUCCUGGGGAUUCUCAAGGUCAUGUUGAAGCUCCUGAAGCAUGACGAAUGGGAAGCCCGACAUGGCUCUCUCCUAGCCCUGAAAUAUCUCCUAGCUGUUAGAGACGACUUGCUGGAGCAGUUGCUCCCUCAGGCAUUUCCCGCUGCCAUGAGAGGUCUGGCAGAUCCUGUGGACGAUGUGGGAGCCGCAGCAGCUAGUGCUCUCAUCCCAGUAGCCUCAUCUCUCCCAAAAUUACUGAAACCUGAAGAGCUACAAGCAGUGGUAGCACGACUUUGGGAGCUUCUUCGGGAACAAGACGACCUUGCAGCUGCCUGCAACAGCUUCAUGGGCCUUCUCGCAGCAAUUCUGUCCCUCCCUGCAGCUCGCGCUUGUCUGUCCCCUCAGCCUCUCUCCGAAGUGCUACCCAGACUCUGGCCUUUUCUGAGCCAUUCCAGCUCGAGCGUACGAAAAGCCACACUCCAAACCCUUCAAACACUGACCGGUGAGGACACAGACCACUUGGAGAAUCGAAGAGAACGAUGGGGUGAGGAGGGAGGAAUCGUCCUCCAGGAAGCUCUUCGUCAUGUAUUCCAACGAGUCUUGAUCGAGCACGUGGCAGCGAUUCAGGAAGUAGCUGAGAAUGUCUGGGAGAACUUGGCCGUCAGAAGUGACCUAGAGCUGCUUCUGCACGCAGCUUGUCCUUUAGUUAGCACUUGGCUGUGUCUAGCGAUGCAGCCAGACCACGCACCUUUCAACCCUAGUCUCCUCAACCCCAUCAUGAUAACGAAUCCCCCCAAAUCUCUUCCCAAACAUACUAAUGGAGAUGGACAAUCAGACUCAAGUAGCUCCUCGCUCAGCAUCAGUGGUAAGUCCACCUCAGAAUUGAAAGUUUAUAUCGGGGGUAUUGAAACAGUUCCCCAGAACAUUAGACUAUCAAACACUGUGAGAGCCAGAAUAAUGGCGUCGAGAAUGUUGGGGCUCCUCUCGAAAUAUGUCGUGCAACCUGCUCCAGGGGUUGUGUACACCCCCGACAUCCCUAGUCCAGCAUUAUGCUACGCUCGUGUAUUAUUAGCUCACCUAGCGACGCGUUCAGCCCUCCAGAGAGCAGUGGUUGGACUGACAAUUGCCCACUGGGCAUCACUAGACCAUCCUAAUCCCCCAGAGAUACCAGACAUCCUGAGGGACAAACUCCUAGGGUGUCUAAACGAAUGCGUCUACUACGAUGAAAUUGCAGGAGCAUUUACAAGGCUUCUCCACGAAAGCAAGGACUAUGUCGCAACGUUGAAACAUUACAAACUUUCUCUACCUGUGGAUAUUGAGAAUUCAGGCUCCACUGUGCUGACAUUAGACCAAAUUGCAACGCUUGCUGGGAUGCCGGUCGGGACAAUUCAAGUGAUCUCACCCACUGGCAACCUAACCCCUAACAAACUCAAACCAAAAUUGAUAACUGAACUUGAAGAGCGAAGGAAAGCACUCGAAGUUGGAGUUACAAGCACAGCUGCCCAGCAGCAGAAUCUCAAUACAAUGGCCAUGGCUGCUCUGGCAGGAGCUGCAGCAAUGCUCCAUUGCCUUCCAGAGCCACCCAGACCUCUCAAUCCUUUAGUCAAACCAUUGAUGGAAGCCAUCAAACGUGAGGAGGACGAAGAUCUGCAAAAACUUGCUGCUAAACAUUUGUCACAUCUCGUUGAUCUCUGCGUCGAGCGGACACCCUCACCAAAUGCCAAGAUCACCACGAAUCUCUGUACAUUCUUGUGCUCGGACACUGAGUUCACACCUAGAGUGACUGAUAAAGAGACUGAUCCAUUUGAUGGUAUUUUGACCCUCAAUAACCGGCAGAGACAGGCAGAGAGGAUGACCUACAGUCGUGGCACUGGUGUUGGUGGAUCUGGAGGAGGAAGGGGACCGGGGAGGCCUCCAGCGACAGAUAUUCCUCUGGAGGAACUCCUUGCGUAUGAGGAGCCAGAGGCCAAGGCCUCUAGAACUCGACGAAGAGGGGCGACAUUAGCUCUGACAGCCAUAGCUGGAUUAAUUGGAGCGAGAUUGCCAUCGAGGUUGCCUCAUCUCUGGGAUAUCAUGGUGGUGAAGAACCAGAAGAAAGAGGAGGUCAAGGUUGUAAAUGAAUCAAGUGAUGUGAGUGAGAGGGAACGAGUCAACAAUCUCAUAUUUGGACUUCAAGUCUUGGAGAUUGUUUCACCUAGUCUUGAUAAAUCAUUAUUGCCACCGGUUUUAGACUGUUUACCGAGAUUAUGUAGUUUACUGGAGCACGAGUAUAAGGGGGUGAGGCACAUGGCUGCCAGGUGUAUCGCGACAUUGGCUGUGUUGAAUACUGAGAAAACUAUGGAUUUUGUUGUUAAAUUGGUGGUUCCUUUGCUAGAGACAAGAAAUUCCGGUGCUGGAGAGACAAAAGCCAGCUCGCAUGUUUUAGCAGCACCGAAUGAGGUUGAUGUUCGAAGACAGGGGGCUGCUGAGGCACUCACCUGGAUCGUUGAUAAUCUCGGGGUCAAUGUCGUUCCGUACGCUGUGUUGUUCAUGGUUCCAUUGCUCGGAAGAAUGUCUGAUCAGAAUUAUGCUGUUAGAUUAGCCUGUAAUGCAACAUUCGCAACACUAGUUCAGCUGCUACCAUUGGAUCCAGGGGCCAUUUCUGAUCCUCCGAAUCUCGUGGACGAGAAGGCCCAGGAGAGGAAGUUCUUGGAGCAGCUGUUGAAUCCCAGAAGUAUACCAGACACGCAAUUGACAAUUCCAGUGGCUGCUGAGUUGAGAUCUUAUCAACAGCAGGGUUUGAAUUGGUUGGACUUCCUAAAUCGAUAUAAGUUACAUGGGGUUCUUUGUGACGAUAUGGGACUUGGUAAAACCCUACAGACACUCUGUAUCCUCGCUCUGGAUCACCACAGGAGCACUCAUGCACCACCAAGCCUCGUUGUUUGUCCACCAACUUUAACGGGCCACUGGGUGUACGAAGCUGAGAAGUUCCUCCGAGCCGAGGACCUAUCAGUUAUUCAAUACGGAGGAUCCCCACCAGAACGAGAAAAGCUGAAGCCUCGGGUCUCUCAUUAUCGUUUAGUUGUAGCAAGUUACGACAUUGUUCGCAAGGACAUCGAAUUCUUCGAAAAUGUCCAGUGGAACUAUUGCGUUCUCGACGAGGGGCACAUAAUAAAGAACGGAAAAACAAAGAGUGCAAAGGCCGCAAAAAAACUUCACGCCUAUCAUCGUUUAAUCCUGUCAGGUACCCCAGUCCAAAAUGAUGUUUUAGAACUCUGGUCAUUGUUCGAUUUUCUCAUGCCAGGAUUUCUCGGCUCUGAGAAACAAUUUGCAGCGAGAUAUUCCCGACCGAUUCUCGCCUGUAGAGAGCCCAAAGCUGGACCAAAAGAGCAGGAGGCUGGAGCCCUGGCGAUGGAAGCCCUUCAUCGUCAGGUUCUUCCGUUCUUGCUGAGACGAAACAAGGAAGAUGUCUUGAAGGAUCUUCCUCCCAAAAUCACUCAGGAUUAUUACUGCGAUCUUUCACCACUGCAAAAGAGUCUUUACGAGGACUUUAAGAUGCGUCAUUCAGCUACUCUGAUUCCAAACUCAUCGUCGAGCUCAACCACAGCUAAUCCACCUAGGGGACACGUGUUCGAGGCUUUGAGGUACCUCAGGAACGUCUGUAAUCAUCCUAAAUUGGUCUUGGGACCAAGACAUCCACUUUAUCAGACAAUUUGUGGACAAAUGAAGCAGCAGCAGACGACACUAGCGGAGAUUGAGCAUGGAGCCAAGUUGCCAGCCCUCAAACAGCUACUGUUGGAUUGUGGUAUUGGACAGCAGAAUCAAGCGCUGCAGAAGGCAGCACAGCCUGUGAUCGAUGGACAGGCACAGCAGCAACUGGUUAGUCAGCACAGAGCUCUGAUUUUCUGUCAACUGAAGGCAAUGUUGGAUAUUGUGGAGAAGGAUCUGCUAGCUGUGCAUCUGCCUUCUGUCACUUAUUUGAGACUCGAUGGAGGAGUACCUGCAACACAGAGGCACGCUGUCGUGGCCAGGUUCAAUGCUGAUCCUUCCAUUGAUGUGCUCCUAUUGACGACUCAGGUGGGAGGCCUAGGGCUAAAUUUAACAGGUGCUGACACUGUUAUCUUUGUCGAGCAUGAUUGGAACCCGAUGAAGGAUCUUCAGGCUAUGGACAGGGCACAUAGGAUUGGACAGAAAAAGGUGGUCAAUGUUUAUCGGCUGAUUACCAGGGCUACUGUCGAGGAGAAGAUCAUGGGCCUUCAAAAGUUCAAGCUCCACACUGCUAAUACCGUCAUUUCCACUGAGAAUGCAGCCUUGGAGACUAUGGGCACCGAACAACUGCUGGAUCUAUUUUCAUUAGACAAUGGAAGAGAGAGAAAAACCGAUGAGCUGGGUAUACCUCGGUCAAUGAGUAAUGUACCUGGAUUGAGCAAAACGGUGUUGGAGAUACUGCCAGAACUCUGGGAGCAACAGCAAUACGACGAUGAGUACGAUCUUGACUCAUUUUUGUCGACGCUCAAGGGUACCACCAAGUAAUGACAGGGAAUUGAAAACACGAAGAAACAUUACAACGAUAUAUGUCAAGUAAGAAUUCGAAGACUUCUCACUUAUGUGACAGCCAUAAAACUGUCAAUUAAGGCAAAAAAAUACUAUUAUCUAUGUCAGAUCAAUUAUAAAUAUUAAGGAUAUGUUCAAUUAAGUAAGUUACGAUGAAUAAUUUCUUUUGUUUGUUUAUUUAUAAUAACUUAUAAAAAAACAAGAAAAUCAUCAAUACAAUUCCGUAUUUGUACCAGAAAGGUGUUUCAGUUAUUCCUCACAUUCCUCUUUAAAUUUCUGCGCUGGGGACAGACAUGAUAUUUAUUUCAUUACAGUCAGUGAUGUAGCCAUAAAAUUUUCCAACGCCCUGUUAUGGGACUUCAGUAUUUCUAAUACCGUGAAAAUUUUAUUGAGUGCAUGUCUCUGUCUCUAGAAAAUGUACAAUUAAUUUUUUGUACUCAUCUUUGGUGAUCACAGACCAUCUAUAGGACAGCAUUAAAGUUCAACUCAAUUUGGCACUAAGUUUAUAACUGCAUCGUUGACGGCAAAGUUUUUUGCAAAAAUAUCUCUCAAUUUAAAGAAGAACGGAACAUUGUAGAGCGAUGUGAAAUCUACAGGGUACGUUAUUUGUGAAAUUGUUGCGUUUCCUAUACAUUCAGAGAUAUUUGGUCGAAUUUCGACCCUCAUUCCCACAGAAGAGUAAUUCAAUUCCCAUACACAUCCGCAAAAAUUGAAACUUCCUGGUAACUCUCACCAUAAAAAAGUUAGUGGUCCAUCAGAACCUUCAGAUCGACGCUAUGAAUAAAUUCUUGAGUCAAGAAUAUUUGGGCUGUUAUAAAUUGUAAAAAAACGCUUGGAAUCUUGAUACCAAUUUUGUGCCAGACUCACUGGUCUGAACAAUUGCACAGUUGCGUUAUUGUAUAGCUACUGAAAAUGGAAUUGAAUAAAAGAAUAGGAAAAAUUAUUGAAAAAUAGCAGAUACGUAUUGUCAAUUUUUCAUUGUAAAAAAUCAAUGAAUAAAUAUGUGUCCCAUAUUUGUAAUUAAAUUUUCAUAUAUAAGUGUAAAAAAUUCUUAUGAGACUUCAGCCCACAAGAGGGCAAUGUCAAGAUCAAUAGUUAAUUUAUCUUUCAUCCAUACGGAUGGAAAAUUCCAUUGUCAGAAUUGGGCAAUUUUCAAGGAAAAUGCUGACAUCCCAUGCUUUCUUGGAAAGCCAAAAAAUUCCCUAACUAGGACAAAUAUUCUUGAUCCAACAAAUAUUAUUGUUAAUACAAUAGCAAGAUGUGAUAUCAAUUCUAGUCAUCUCCACAUUAUUAUAAGUAUUUACAGAAUAUCCCGAAGCCUAAUCACCGCAUUGGCAUUUCCCUGGAGAUCUAUUUUUAACGAAAUUUGAAAGUCCACAGGGCUUUCCUCAAACAUUGCUCGAUCUUGGGAUAUUCCUAUCGGGGGGAGCGCCAUCCCUUGUGCCUGUAAGGUUUUGUAUUGCCUUUUCGCCCAUACAAUGUGGGAUUGCAUGAAAAAGGUCCAUUUGAUCUCACUUAGUAUAAUUAACAUAUUCACUAUACGAUUCCCUCUGAAUUGCGAUUAAAACCAAUCUCUCAAUUGUGUGUCUAUUCUUUCCUAAUUCUCUUACUCUAUCGGGGCGGUUUUUGGCAUAAACUUUGGUCUAUGUGCUCGAGGUUUAUCGGAGUAUAAAGAUUUCAACAACACCAAAGGACCUUUCUCACGUCUAAGGGGAGAGAAAACUGAUCAAAAUCUUAAAUCGGGUUAUUGCAUGAUGUUUUUUUAUUGCAAAAACUGAUAAAUGUAAAAAUUUGAUGGAAAAUAUUCGACAUGCAUUUUUUAAUUUUCAAGGAGACAGAUCUAAUAUUUUUCAUUAGAUUUUCAUAUCCAACAGUAAAAAAAUAUCAUGCAAAACUCCAGUUUUAUAAAACGUGUCCUGAUUUUUCUCAACGGUUUCCAGUAAAAAUGCCACAAUGAUAUUAUAAAUAUCCAAAUGUUAAGGACCAAAUCACCACAGAAAUUUUCUCCUUUCCCACGAACCUCAAAAACAAAACCUCCUAACAUCUUACAAUUUGGCUCUAUAGUGAGGAUCUAAAUUCCCCGCAGCAAAUAUAUUAUGAGGAUCCAAAUACUGCUUAGUAGCCCUGUAGAGCCCAAGCCCCGCAUCCCCCACAGCAUCCGGAUAAAACCUCGCUCUCAUUUUCCCCACCCCAUGGUGAUGAGAUAUCGAGCCCCCACUCGCCAGUAUUUCAGCCCUGGCAUUCUCCUCAAUGUGCUCAUAAGUUUCAACCGGAUCCUUCUGCCCCAGAUAAGUAAAACCCAGAUAAAAGUAAAUGCAGCAACCAGCGUCAUAAGUCUGGGUUACCCGACAGGAAAUUAAAUAAUGGGUAAUUCCCAUUUCUUUGCAAUCCCUCGCCACUCGUGAUUUAACAUUUCUGCAGAGUGAGGAGGCACGUGACCAGGGAACAGACGUCUCAAAUGACUCUGAGAGGACUCCGAACUCAAGCCCAAGGUCCCUGAUAUAGGCGAUGACGAAGGUCAGAAUGUAGCCACGUUCACCAUUUGUAUCACCAGCUGCCAGGCCCCCGAAUUCCUUAGCUAUUGCAUAAAUUUUCUUCUCCUGAUUAGCAACUUCAUUUGCCUCGUAGCCUUCGAACAGUAAAGUCGCUACACAGACACUAUCCCAUUUGAAACCCUUAACUUUGGUGACAUACGCCUGCUUCAGAGUCUGCAUUAUUUUAUCGCUGAAGCCCUGCUGGGGCCUGAGGGCCUGACCAAAGCGAAACUGCUCAUUGUCCAUCAGUCGAAUACUGGCGGGCUGACAGCGCUGUUUCGCUACCUCUCUCAUAGCUUCCACUCCACUCUGAAAGUCUGGGAAAAUUAUUGAGCCGUAUUUCACAAUCUUGGGGAGGGGUCGGAUCUUAAGGACGACAUCGGUAAUAACACCGAGGGUGCCUUCGGAGCCUAGAAUCAUGUGGUCGAAGUCCGGGCCACUGGAGAUCCUCGGGACUUGGGCAUUGUGCUCCAGGGUGAGGGUGGACUCCUCGGUACGAGCGGUCACCAUUCGCACGCGUAUCACCAGGUCCUCUAUAUUACCAUAGGUAUUCUUCUUCAUGCCACUGGCCCGUGUUGCCACCCAACCGCCAAGACU